AUGCACGCGCUCACCCUCCUCUGGCUGGGCAGCGUUGCGGAGAUUCUCCAGUUGUGCUGCCUCUGUUGCGGCGCUUUGGCGGCAGCGUUAACCGGUGACAGCGGUGGCCUCGGCGCCUUCAACCAGGAUUACAUCUUUGUUACUCCUGUUGAGGUGGACUCCAGCGGAUCCUAUCUCUCGCAUGACAUUUUGCACAGCGCGAGAAGAAAGAGAUCCACCCUGAACUCAAAGGCUUCCUUGCACUACAGGUUUUCAGCAUUUGGACAGGAACUGCAUUUGGAGCUCAAGCCCUCAGACUUUCUGAGCCAGCAUGUGACUGUCCAGGUGCUUGGGAAAGAUGGCAUUGAAGACUCUCAGGAUCAUGACAUUGAACAGUGUUUCUAUCAGGGAUUUAUAAGGAACUAUAGUUCUUCUUCUGUUGCCAUAUCCACGUGCACAGGUUUGUCAGGUUUGAUAAGGACACAGGAGAAUGACUUCCUUAUAUCACCAUUACCUCAACACCUAGCACAGGAACUUCACUACAUGCCACCUGCUGGACACCACCCUCAUGUAUUGUAUAAACGGACAGCUGAAGAGAAGGUUCACCGGUACAAAGUAGAUUCAAAUCCCUACCACUUUCCCCCUGGCCAUCACAGAAAUCACACUGCCCACAAGUAUCAUAUUCCAGCUAACGAUUAUCACCACGGAAGGUUUCAAAAGCAGCAUUUUUGUGGACGGCGCAAGAAAUAUACCCCUAAGCCACCCACUGAGGAUAUAUUCAUCUUAUCUGAUGAAUAUGGGAGUCAGGCAAGGUUGAAAAGAUCCCCCGUUAAAAAUCAGCAAGGUGGGAGUUUGAAUGUCGAAACUCUGGUUGUGGCAGAUAGGAAAAUGCUGGAGAAGCACAGCAAGGAGAAUGUGACCACCUAUAUCUUAACGGUGAUGAACAUGGUCUCAAGUCUUUUCAAGGAUGGUACAAUUGGAAGUGAUAUCAACAUCAUAGUUGUGAGCCUUCUUCUUUUGGAACAGGAACCUGGAGGAUUGAUGAUCAACCACCACGCAGACCAAUCACUGAACAGUUUUUGUCAAUGGCAAUCAGCUCUGGCUGGAAAGAAUGGGAAACGUCAUGACCAUGCCAUCUUGCUUACUGGAUUUGAUAUUUGCUCCUGGAAGAAUGAGCCUUGUGACACUUUAGGCUUCGCUCCAAUCAGUGGAAUGUGUAGCAAAUACCGGAGUUGCACUAUCAAUGAAGACACUGGCCUUGGGUUGGCAUUUACCAUUGCCCAUGAAUCUGGACACAAUUUUGGCAUGAUUCAUGAUGGAGAAGGAAACCCUUGCCGAAAAGCUGAAGGUAACAUCAUGUCUCCCACUCUCACAGGCAACAAUGGAGUGUUUUCAUGGUCAGUGUGUAGCCGGCAGUACCUUAACAAGUUUCUCAGCACUGCUCAGGCAGCUUGUCUGAUAGAUGAGCCAAAACAAGCUGGACAGUACAAGUAUCCUGAUAAACUCCCAGGACAGAUCUAUGACGCUGACACACAGUGCAAAUGGCAGUUUGGAGCAAAAGCAAAACUCUGCAACUUGAGUUUCGUGAAGGAUAUAUGCAAAUCACUCUGGUGCCAUAAAGUAGGUCAUCGAUGUGAAACAAAGUUUAUGCCUGCUGCAGAAGGGACACCCUGUGGAAUAAACAUGUGGUGCCGAAGGGGCCAGUGUGUACAAUUUGGAGACCAUGGUCCCAAACCUGUGAACGGCCAGUGGUCAGCAUGGUCCGAGUGGUCAGGCUGUUCUCGGACUUGUGGGGGAGGAGUCACACACCAAGAGAGGCACUGCAGUAAUCCCAAACCUCAGCAUGGUGGUAAGUUUUGCCAAGGCUCAAGUCGCGUUUCUCAGCUUUGCAACAUUCAGCCCUGUGCAUUGAAUAGUCCAGACUUCCGUGCCCAGCAGUGUGCUGAGUAUAAUAGCAAACCGUUCCGUGGAUGGUACUAUAAAUGGAAACCCUACACAAAAGUAGAAGAGGAAGAUCGCUGCAAACUCUAUUGUACGGCAGAAGAUUUCGACUUUUUCUUUGCCAUGUCGAAUCGAGUAAAAGAUGGAACCCCCUGUUCACUGUAUAGAGAAGAUGUGUGCAUUGAUGGGAUUUGUGAACAAGUAGGGUGUGAUCAUCGCCUUGGAUCCAAAGCUGCUUUGGAUGCUUGUGGAGUUUGCAAAGGAGAUAAUUCUUCAUGUACAUUCUACUCAGGCCGUUAUUUAACCCAGCAUAAAACUAACAAUUAUUAUCCCAUUGUUACAGUUCCAGCAGGGGCUCGCGGUAUUGAAAUCCAAGAAUUGCUAAUAUCUAGCAGCUACCUUGCAGUCCGUAAUUUGAAUAAGAAAUAUUACCUAACCAAGAACUGGACAGUUGACUGGCCUGGGAAAUUCUACUUUGCUGGAACAAUGUUUGAUUAUCAGCGGCCUUUUAGCCAUCCGGAGAAGCUGUCAGCGUCUGGCCCAACUAAUGAGACACUUGUCUUUGAGAUGCUGUUACAAGGGAAAAAUCCUGGCAUUUUGUGGCAGUAUACCUUAUCUAAGGUGAAUAAUGAGAACAAGAUAUUCACAAAAAGACAUAGCUACUCAUGGGUGAUGGUGCAGUCAGAUUGCUCAGCCACCUGUGGUGGGGGGCAUUUGAUAGCCAAAGCUGUGUGUUUACAGGAUCAUCAAACCCGUGUAAAUUCCUCAUUCUGUGGCCCAAGGACAAAAACUUUAACAGAGACAAUGAUGUGCAAUACAAAUCCUUGCCCAGCCUAUUGGUCAGCAGGUGAAUGGAGUGUUUGCAGCCAGUCCUGUGGUGGGGGACAGCAAAGCCGUCAUAUCCAGUGUGUCCAGAAAAAGGCUUUUUACAAGGAGGAAGUUGUGGCCCAUGCUCUCUGCCCAGUAACCACUCCAGCCCAAAUACAGAUGUGUAAUAACCAGGACUGCCCACCAGAAUGGAAUGUUGGGCCUUGGUCACAGUGUUCCAAAACGUGUGGACGAGGCAUAAUGAAACGUGAGGUUUUCUGCAAAAGCGUAGGACCAUCCAUCUUGAAAAUUGUGCCAGAGAAUUUGUGCAGCACUGAAAUUAAGCCAGAAAUGCAACAGACCUGUGUGUUGGGACGAUGCCCUAAAAACGAUCGUCUUCAGUGGGUAAUCUCUGCUUGGAGUGAGUGUUCUGCUACCUGUGGGCCAGGUGUCAGGAGGCGGGAAAUGCAGUGCAGUGAGAAAAGUAUUGGUGGCAAAUUGAUCACUUUCCCGUUGCGCCGCUGCCGAAAUCUUAAGAAGCCAAGCAUUGAUUUGGAAGAAGUAUGUCACCAAGGACCAUGUCCUAUGCACCCUCUGUACAGUAGGGUAUCAGGGUGGUAUUCUUCACCUUGGCAGCAGUGCACAGUGACAUGUGGUGGAGGAGUACAAACACGGAGUGUGCAGUGUCUUCUUCAAGGCCACCCAGCAACUGGGUGUCUACUUCAUCAGAAGCCUGCAAUGUCAAGAGCCUGCAAUACUAAUUUCUGUCUUGCCCCUGAGAAGAAAGAUGACCCUUCUUGUGUGGACUUCUUCGCUUGGUGCCACCUGGUUCCCCAACAUGGUGUCUGCAAUCAUAAAUUUUAUGGCAAACAGUGCUGUAAAUCAUGCACAUGGAAGAACUGAUUCAAAAGUUUCAGUCUGCUACUUCGACAGUUUGAUUUUUCUUUGUCAAACUUUCUUGUAAGUUUUCCAGAACCAAAUGUUACCUAAACUGGAAAAUGGUGACUUUCUAACAUGGAGCAGUAGUCACAGUGGUAAACUUUAUGAUGAAUCUGCAAGGACUGGAUUUUGAGCAGUAAGGUGGAAUGGGACUGAGAAAUUUUCCCUCUUAAUGGCCCACUGGAUUGGCACAUUUGGCAUGGUGGUCUAACUUUUUCACAGUGCCAAUACAGAGAGCCUAAAAUAGGACAGUAGCACAGUAGUAUGGAGAGAUGUUGGCUAAUAUGCUGUUUGUUCGCAGAGCCCUUCAUAAGAAGCAGAAUGUCCUUUAGGCUUAUUACAGCGGUGGCUGAUGAGACAGUGAAUUGCUACACACAAUAGAGGUGUGAUAUCUAGACAAACACGUAUGCUGCACAAUCAAGACUAAAGGUGCUUUUCUGUUUCAGAUGCUGCUGGGAAAGUAAGGGUUAUAUCAAGAUAGAACUCCUUGCUUUAUUGUGUUCCUCUUUCCACUUAUAGUAAUAAAUCAGUCAUGGUUUACUAGCCAUUUGAGUGGGCUGGCAUGCCUUGGGAUACUCAACCAACAGAACCCCAUUGGAAUUUUUAAAACAGCAUUUCUGUGUACUGUGAGCAAAGUAGAAUGUCAUACCUCAUGAACCUCUUGCAUAUGGGGCUAUGCCUCAUUAUCAUUCAUGCUGAAACAAAUGAUGACAGGCAUUCCAAAAUCCCACCAUCUUCUUGUUUACAUUAAACACUGAAUUUGAUUUUGCUGACACUUUCAGAACUUGGCUGUCACUUGUGAAAAACAGACUUUUUCUAUCAAAACAUUAAAGCAAAUGAGAAGGAAGAUUCAACGAUUGCCAAAAUAGUAGGAAUUGCACGAAACUCAUUAAUCCGUUUUGGGCAGUGGCAAAGACUGAUCUUGCUGAAUUAAAACAUAACUGCAAAAUACUAUGAAUGUGACUUGAAAGUUUAUGCAGACAAAAUCACUGUUUUUCCUUUUUCCAUUCCAUCUGCAAACCACUUGAAAGGCAUUUCGUUCUUUAUGGAUUCAUUUGCAUGAGCAGGGC